GCAGUGUUAUAAAACAUUUUUCAUUCCCGUAACGAACAAACGACUAUAACAGUAAUUGCGGCAGUGAGGUUAAAAACUUUAAUGAAAAGGCUACAGUUUAUUAUUUAAAAAAAAUAACCUCAUCCCACUGUUUGAACCAUGGACGUGUUUUUGAUGAUUCGGAGGAAGAAGUUGACCAUAUUUACAGAUGCUAAAGACACAACCACCGUCCUUGAACUGAAAAAAAUCAUUGAAGGGAUUUUGAAGAUACCGCCGCAGGACCAACAGUUGUUUAAUAAAGAUAAUGCUAUAAUGGUGGAUGAUAGGAUGUUGCAGGAUUAUGGACUAACAUCGACCACAGCUAAGGCCCAGAGCCCAGCGACAGUGGGGCUUGCAGUAAGAGAAACUGCCGAUGCUUUUGAACACCUUGAAUUGACCCCAUAUUCGGCUCCCCCUGAUUUGCCAGAUGUUAUGAAAUCCCAGGAAGCUAAUGGCCAGGAACAGUCUUCCUGAAUUUGUUUCAUUCAUGUGAAUUUUUUUCUUACAAAAAAAACUCAGAUGAAUAAAAUCCAUGUUAAUGUAUUUACCGUUUGGUUAUAACUUAUUAACCUUUAUUUAGCUAUAGCCAAACAGUGGAUAUGUUAACAUAAAUUUUGUUCUCUGAUAAGUGAUUUAGCUUAAGAACUUUUUGGGUUUAUUACGUUUGCAAUAAACUCAAAAAGUUCUUAAGUUUCAUUAUUUAUUGCAUCAAUUACAAUAUUUGUGAAAUAAUAUUGUGAUAGUUUUUUAUAUUAGGAUAUGUAAUAACAGUGUUCAUAUGUUUUUAUUGUUCUUUUUUGUAACAUACAGCUUCUACAAUAUUUUGUAUCAUAGGUUAGACUGAAAUUAGUGUAUAUGUUUAGCCUCUUUUUUUUUUUUCUUUUUUUGAAGAAAUUUCAAAUCAAGAUUAAGUAAAAUGUUUCAUUUAUGAA